CAGUGCGCAGGCGCAGGCUGCCCGCCUCGCUUGGAGUCGGCUUAUUAAAUGCGCACGCGCAGCGGUCUCCGGCAGAAAACUGGCGAGCCUGGGCCGGCGCGGGGCCUUGUGGGAGGGCUUAAGGAAGUAAAAUGGCGGACCUGGCGAACGAAGAAAAGCCUGCCAUUGCUCCGCCCGUCUUUGUGUUUCAGAAGGAUAAAGGACAAAAGUCCUAAAGAGGAGUCAUGGCGGCAUUUCCUCACUGGAGGUUCCAGCAGCACCUGGAAGGUUCCCCAGGAGGAAGACUCCUGCAUCGUCCCUCCCAGGACCAAGAGGCCACCGCUUUCCUGUGAGCAGGUUCUUAGAAGAGACUCGGGGCAUGGAUUUGAGGGUCUCCUGAGGUCGGGCCAGGGAGCAUCUGAGUUUUAUCUGACGAGGCACCCUUUCUUCUCAGGGUCACCAAAGCAGAGGUCAGCUGGAGGCUCCAGUCCUGAAGCAGGAGAAGAUUCUGACCGAGAAGAUGGAAACUACUGCCCUCCUGUCAAGCGAGAAAGAACGUCCUCUUUAACCCAGUUCCCACCUUCACAGUCAGUGUCAAAACACAAUGUUUUUAUGCCAUCAACCUUCUGCGAGUCCUCUGCAGGCAAUUCUGACUCAGACCCAGAGGAAAAGAGCAGCGGGUUCCGGCUGAAGCCACCGACACUGAUCCAUGGCCAGGCGCCCAGUGCAGGUUUGCCAAGCCAGAAGCCCAAGGAACAGCAGCGCAGUGUUCUCCGCCCAGCCGUAUUGCAAGCCCCACAGCCAAAAGCACUGUCGCAAUCCAUCCCUAGCAGUGGCACCAAUGGAGUCAGCAUCCCAGCAGACUGCAUGGGGGCAGCAACAUCAUUAUCACCAGAAAACCCUGCACGGAGAAGUCCCUCUGAAUCUGCUGAUGAGGCACAUGCACUUGAGGAGAAAGAGCCCCAGAAAAAUGAGUCUAGCAAUACUUCUGAGGAGGAAAACUGUGAGAAGAAAGAUCAAGUUGCACAGCAAUCCUUUGUAUUUGGGCAGAACUUGAGGGACAGAGUUAAGCUGGUGAAUGAGAAUACCGAUGUAGCUGGCUUGGAGAGUGCCGGACAGCCCAGCUCAGACACGCCAGCUGCCACCAACUACUUUCUCCAGUAUAUCAGUUCCAGUUUAGAGAACACAGCCAACAGUGCCGACGCCUCCAGCAACAAGUUCGUCUUUGGCCAGAACAUGAGCGAGCGUGUUUUGAGUUUCCCCAAGUUAAACGAGGUCAGCUCAGAUGCCAGCAGGGAAAACGCAGCUGCCGAGUCUGGAUCUGAGUCGUCUUCCCAGGAGGCCACCCCUGAGAAAGCUAAUAACAUUGCAGAGUCCCUGGUCGAGUCAGCGGCUGCCUACACCAAGGCCACAGCGCGGAAGUGUUUGUUGGAGAAAGUGGAAGUGAUCACUGGGGAGGAGGCAGAAAGCAACGUGCUACAGACCCAGUGCAAGCUGUUUGUCUUUGACAAGACCUCACAGUCCUGGGUGGAGCGAGGCCGGGGGCUGCUCAGGCUCAACGACAUGGCAUCGACCGACGAUGGGACACUGCAGUCCCGACUUGUGAUGCGGACCCAGGGCAGCCUGAGGCUGAUCCUCAACACCAAGCUGUGGGCCCAGAUGCAGAUGGACAAGGCCAGCGAGAAGAGCAUCCGCAUCACCGCCAUGGAUACUGAGGACCAGGGUGUGAAGGUCUUCCUGAUCUCNGCCAGCUCCAAGGACACAGGCCAGCUGUACGCUGCCCUGCACCACCGCAUCCUGGCCCUUCGCAGCCGUGUGGAGCAGGAACAAGAGGCCAAGAUGCCCGCCCCUGAGCCUGGGGCCGCCCCAUCCCACGAGGAGGACGACAGCGAUGAUGAUGUGCUGGCUCCCUCGGGGGCUGCCGGGGCCGGCGCAGGUGAGGAAGGUGACGGGCAGACGCCUGGGAGCACAUAGCAGCCAGCGCACAGGAGGCUGCUGCUUGGUCGUCUGUCUGCUGCCCGCCCCCUCCCCGCAGGCAGCGGCACCAUGGGCGGAGCCACACCCACCGGGUUGACCACAGUCUGGAUCUGCGUCCGUUGGAAAGCAGACUCACUCGGGAGCUGCCUGGAUGUGGUUUGGGACAUGAGACCUCAUCAUAUUGAUGAGCAAAAAAAAAAAAGAACGUUCCUCCCUGCCCCUCCUCUGAAUGGCACAUUAAGACUUGUCACAGCUUCUCA